GUACCUGUAGUAUGUCUUUUUAAAACUCUCCAAAGACAUUUUGAUUUUCUUUGUGUGUUUGGAUAAAAGACAUCUGUCCAGAACCGAGUGUAACAUAUAAGCCUGUGACAUAUGUUGUUCUUUCCUCUUUUACUAAGGUUCUUCCCUGAUCUGACCCUCUCCUUUAAUAAAUCCACAUCUUCAUUUAUCCCACCAUCUGUCUGUCACAGGGCUCUCCUACUAAUUUCUGCUUUAUAUAAUCUUCUCAAAUUCAUUCUCAUCCCAAAAGAAUUCUUGUUCUUGUUGACUGAUCCUUGUUUGCCCUUUAUAAACCAACUCUGCCUUCACUUUGGGUAGCAUGUUGGAGCACAUGUCCAGGCGUUCUCGCUCCCUGCUCUCUCUUUUCCUAACCUCCCUUGCCCUCGCGUUAUCUGUGCUGGCUUUCUGUACAUCUUACUGGUGUGAAGGGACGCACAAGGUGGUCAAACCUCUCUGCUUGUCACCUGUCAAGAUGAAGAACUGUGGCCAGAACAACAGUGAACCUUACGCUACAGAAAGCCCCACCCCAGAUCCACAGAACCCACUACCAACAUUAUCACCAAGGCGAAGGGAGGAACUAGCCAAGAUUCGACAAAGACAACUGGCCAAUGCAGUGCACUACAUUUGGGAGACAGGAGAAGACAAGUAUACCUUCAGAUAUUUCCACACAGGAUUUUGGGAGUCCUGUGAAAAACAUGCUGAUGGAGAACGGUGCCGCCGGUUCUUGGAUCUUACUCCUGGAGAGACUCAUGGUGUUCUGUGGCUGUCAAUGAUUGCUGAGUUCAUGUACAUCAGUUUGUUGGGCAUGGGCUUUCUGCUCUUGUGGGUGGAAGUGUUGUGUGCUCGUAAAGAAAUGCAUGCACUCAAAAUCAACGCUUUCGCAGCCAUAUGUACAGUGCUCUCAGGACUGUUAGGGAUGGUGGCUCAUAUGAUGUACACCACUGUAUUUCAGCUAACUGUGAUCGUGGGUCCCAAAGACUGGAGACCUCAGACAUGGGACUAUGGCUGGUCAUUUGCGCUUGCAUGGGUGUCUUUCAGCUGCUGCAUGGGGGGUGCAGUUAUGACCCUUAAUUCUUACACAAAAACAGUCAUUGAGCUACGUCACCGCCAGAGGCUUCGAUUAGAGGAGGCCCGAUCUACAAGCCACGCUCCGUCCUACGAUGAGGUGGUCCCAGGUGGAGGGCUGUAUUCCGUCAGUGGCCUAUUGCAGUGCCCAAAUGGGGUGAUAGACUCUAUGUGGGCAUCCAAUGGGAGCAUGGGACUGGUGCAAGAGAGGGAUGUGCCCACCCUGGUACUGGUUGGAGGAUGCGGACAAGAUUCGUGUGAGGACUGUGAGAGAGAGAUGGAUGAGAUGAAGGAGGCCAUGAACGGAAUAGAUUCUCCUUGUUAAUUGUGGAUGGUGUGAGUUGAGGAGCUAGUUCACUCAAAUGUGUUAUUAUUUAGUCCCCAUCAUGUCAUUUCAAACCUAUAUGGCCUUCUUUUGUCUGUGGAACACAGAAGAAAAUAACUUGAAGAAUGGUAGUAAUCAAACAGAUUUAAAA